UGUUCUCUUUACGAUCGAAGAAUAAUCGACUAUGAUUGGUCAAUUUGCCUACUGCAUACUACUACAACCUCAUUGUAGAAUGACCUUUAGAUUUCUCUCUGCCAUCGUCUUCCCCUGUUCCUCUCCAUAUAGAUACGUGUUGAUACGUGUAUUUAAUUUAUCACAAUAUGCGUAUUGAGACAUGUUAUUUCUGUUCGUCCCGGAUUUAUCCGGGACACGGUAUUCAGUUUGUGAGAAAUGAUUGUAAGAUAUUUAAGUUCUGUCGUUCGAAAUGCCAUGCUGCAUUCAAGAAAAAGAAGAAUCCCAGAAAAGUUAAAUGGACCAAAGCCUACAGAAAGACUGUCGGCAAGGAAUUGGCAGUGGACCCAUCAUUCGAGUUUGAAAAGAGGAGGAACAUGCCUAUCAAAUAUAACAGAAAAUUGUGGACUAAGACAGUGGAAGCAAUGAAGAAAAUAGAAACCAUCAAGCAAAGGCGACAGAAUCUUCACAUUAUGCAACGAUUACGCAAGGGACGGGAAUUGGAACAGGAAGUAGAUAUUAAGGAAGUUCAACGUGAUUUGUCUCUUAUCCGUUCGCCAGCAAUUGGUCUUAAGGAUAGGAUGAAACAGGAAGAAGCAAAUGAGGAACAUGAACAAAUGGAAACAUCCAGCGAUGAAAAUGAAAUGGAAGAAGUUGAAGUAAAUUAAAUUAUUAUAUGAAUUCUCCUUUAUUUAUCCUUUAUUAUUAUUAUGAAUUUAUCCUUUAUUUUGCACUAAUUGUCUCCAAUAUGUAGUAGAAAUUCAGAGACCUGCAAAAUAUUCAUAUCAAUACAUACACACAUAGACAUAAGUGCAGACAUUAAUUAAUCUUUCUGUAAACUAAGAAACUCUAUAGGUUCUCUCAAUAUUUAUAUACAUAACAAAAAGA